AUGGAGCGUCUAGAGGAAAGACUCACUCUUGCAUUUCUCCUCCUUUCCAUCAUCUGUGUCUCCACUCAGAAAACUACAGUCUCCUGGUGUGUGCUGUCUGACGCCGAGGAGCAGAAGUGUUUGGAUCUGGCUGGGAAUGCCACGGCUCGAAAUAUCAGAGGAACGCUGCUCUGCGUCCGUGGGCUGAGCCCCAGAGACUGCAUGCAGAAAAUCAAGAAUGGGACAGCGGAUGCAGUCACCAUGUUUGCAGAUGACAUCUAUGCUGCCGGCUUCUGCCAUGGCCUGGAGCUUGCAGCAGGAGAAUCCUAUAAUGGAGUGGAUGGUGUUAGCUACCAUGUGGUGGCGCUGGCUCGUGUCUCCUCGUCCGACCUGUCCCUGUUGGAGAUGCACGAGCGCAGUUCCUGUCACCCCGGCAUGCGCACCACGGUUGGCUGGACCGUCCCUAUUGGCUACCUGGUCAACACCUCCCAGAUCAGCGUUGGGGAACAAUGCAACUUCCCGAGAGUGGUUGGGGAAUUCUUUGGCUACAGUUGUGUGCCGGGAGUCAAGGACCCCAUGCACGACCCGAGAGGUAACAACCCAAAGAACCUGUGUGAGGCCUGCAUAGGAGAUGACAACGACAGACACAUCUGUGCCAACAACCACCGGGAGAGACACUACGGAGAGGCAGGAGCACUGAGGUGUGUGGCUGAGAACCUGGGUGACGUGGCCUUUGUCAAACACACAACAAUCUUUGACAACUUGGAUGGUAAGAACCAGGAAUCAUGGGCACUGGAUUUGGAGCUGGAGGACCUGAAGUUGCUGUGCCCAGAUGGGAGUGAGGCCGGUCUGCAUGAGCAUGAAAGAUGCCACCUGGCAGUGGUGCCUGCCAACGCUGUGGUGGUGCGCAUGGAGGAUAAGUGUAGGGUCUGGAAGUACCUGGAGCGCCUACAGAACGCGUUUGGGAACGUGACAGAGGGUUUCAGUCUGUUCAGCUCAGCAGGCUAUGGCAAAUCAAAUCUUCUCUUCAGUGAUUCCACCCACCACCUGCUGAGGGUUCUGGGGAGCUACGGCUCAUGGCUGGGGCCCACUUACACCACCAUGCUGCAAGCCUUCGAGUGUGAGGGUAAGAAGGAUAGUGCCUCUGUGUGUGAGUGA